CAACUGAUUCCCAACCGAAAGAAUGACCAUGGAUCCAUCUUCCUCCACGCCCUUGGACUCUUCUUCUUCUUCAGCGGAACUACCAUCAUCAACAUCAAACAAAAACGGUAAAAACCGAGAAGUGAACCCCGGCAUGAUUAUCGGGCCGGAUGGGAAGCCAUGUAAAGUGUGUAGCGGGUUUCAGGCGUGGACGAAGCAAGCCAAGCGCGAGGUCAACAAGCAAGACGAUGGGAAACGAGUUAGCGAAGUUGUGGCCGAGGGAGGAGACGACAGGACGGGGCGGACGAUAGUGGAGGAGCGGGCGGACUGUCCGGCGGAUUCAAGUCGUUUAGGCCGACACACCUGGACCUUACUGCACACCAUCGGGGCCUACUAUCCCGUCGAGCGGCCGAGCAAGACCCAGCAAGACUCCGUCCGCCAACUCAUCACCUCCCUUGCUACCAUCUAUCCCUGCCAACCUUGCGCCUCUCAUCUCCAGGACUAUCUCUCCCGCUUCCCGCCUCAAAUCGAUAAUCGCUCCAAGCUCGAACGUUGGCUCUGUGAGGCCCAUAAUGACGUCAAUCAACGCUUGGGCAAAGAGCUCUUCGAUUGUAGCCAAGUUUCUAAACGCUGGAGAGAUGGCUGGGAUGACGGUCAUUGCGAUUAGUCAAGUUUCUCAAUCACACCUUUUCUUUAAGCUGUUUAUGCAUAUUCUAUAGGAUCAUAUCUAUUCCACCUUUCAGACGUCCUCUCACUUUUUUUUUCUCAUCAUCAGGAUCGCUUCUUGGUGUAAUCCCCAA